CACGCCCCGACAAAGCGAGCGAGAGCAGCCACGGCAAAACCCUCGCGGGCGUCUCUCUCUCGAUCGGCGGGCAGCAGCGACGCGCGCGCACAACACAGCAGGUGAAUUCAAGGCAAGUGAGUCAGUGGUUGGGGUCCUCGUCCUGGCUAUGAGAGGUUUAAGUCGGUAUCUGCCGUUCUGCGGCGGCGGGUGCUGCUGCGGUGACGGCGCCGGUAGGGCAGGGGGCGUGGCGGAUGGGCUGGUGUGGGACGUGGCCCUCAAGGCGCACGCGUCCGGUGACUACUCCAUCGCCGUGGCGCAGGCGAACGAGGCGCUCGAGGACCAGGCGCAGGUGGUCGCGGCUCCGGCCGCCACGCUCGUCGGCGUCUUCGACGGGCACGGCGGGCCCGAGGCCGCGCGCUUCGUCAACAGGCGCCUCUUCUCGCAUAUCCAAGCCUUUGCGGCUGAGAACGGUGGCCUGUCAGCGGAGGUGUUCCAGAAGGCCUUCGGCGCGACGGAGGAGGAGUUCAUAGGCCUGGUGCAGAAAUCAUGGCCGUCGCAGCCGAGGAUCGUGUCCGUGGGCUCCUGCUGCCUGGUGGGCGCCGUCGACAUCGAGAACGGGACGCUGUACGUGGCCAACCUGGGCGACUCGCGCGCCGUGCUGGGCCGCCGCCGGGGCAAGGGGAGGCGCGUGGUGGCCGAGCGGCUGUCUCAGGACCACAACGUGGCCGACGAGGGCGUGCGGCGGGAGGUGGCCGAGAUGCACCCGGACGACUCGCACAUCGUGCUCAACAGCCACGGCGUGUGGCGGAUCAAGGGGAUCAUCCAGGUGUCCAGGUCCAUCGGCGAUGUGUACCUCAAGAAGCCUGACAUCUGCAGGGGCAACCCGGUGCUGCAGCAGUCCAUCUGCCCGUUCCCGCUGCGCCGCCCCGUCAUGACCGCCGUGCCGUCCAUCACCACGCGGGAGCUGCGCCCCGGCGACCGCUUCAUCAUCUUCGCGUCGGACGGGCUGUGGGAGCAGCUCAGCGACGACGCCGCGGUGGACGUCGUGGCGAGCAGCCCGAGGAAGGGCGUGGCCAUGCGCCUGGUGCGGGCCGCCCAGCUGGAGGCGGCGCGCAAGAAGGAGGUCAAGUACGACAAGAUCCGGACCAUCGAGAAGGGCCAGCGCCGGCACUUCCACGACGACAUCACCGUCGUCGUGCUCUUCCUCGACAAGUGCAGGGGAGCUGCCAGGUCCGGCCCCGAGGACAUCGACGGCACCUACGCGCCGGUGGACGUGUUCUCCUGCAGCCCCGCCGCCGGCGGCGAUCACGAGGACCCGACGAAGCCCGUCCUGCGUCGUUAAUACGGAUCGCUUGGUGUUCCGCGUGCUGUCAGAUACUGAACAAACAUAUACUCUUCUCUUUCAGUCUUCUUUCAGUGCUCUGCUUCGCUCUCUAAACAAGAGAAGGUACAUACUUGAGCUGCUUCGUUUGGAACGCAGGAAUAUUUGCCGGUUCUUGCGUGAAUUGAGUUGUUUAUCGUCCAAGACAAUUCGCUUGUAAAGAAAUGAUAGUUUCAGGUCAUGUGUCAUAGAUUGUAAAUCUUCAUCCAUCUCUUCUCACUUCUAUCCUAUCUACUACUAUCUGUCCUUCCGAUGUUCUUCAUCGUCGUCUAUUUCGAUGUUCUUCAUAGCUGUCAACCGAAAGCUAAGAUGAAUAUACUCAGCAUCUGCUGGUUAGCAGCCGGCCCCCGGCCGCCGGCGACCUCCUAUCAGCGAGGCAGCAAGUGAACUGCAUGCGAAGCAGGCAAGCCGGUCGUCCCUCGUCAGCGGUCAUGAUCUCGGAGACGGUCUGCUCUGGAAUAUGGCUAUGUGGAAAGACGGCCACGAUCGUGGAUCGGUUCAACAGGCACUAUAAUUCUUGACCUCUGAGUCAACAGAGUGAUGGCAUCGAUGCCCGGAUGGCCAGGAUCGCGAGAAAUGGUGGACGAACUAUCAUGACAGAAAAAAGAACUGCCGGCAAAAUUCUGUCCAACUUGAGCUUGUUCGGUUACUUUUAUUAUAUAUGGAUGGGAUGAAAUUG